AUGGAGAAGCAUGAUCAGGAGAGCGGAGAGGAAGAGGCAGAAAAAGUAGGUUUUUGAAAUACACAAGCGACGUGUGGCCUAGCAAUUUCAACAGUUGCAAAACUUCGGCCACACGAAGAAUAGACUGAACUCUAACUUAUAUGAUAUAAAUUUAAACAUAUUAUAGGAACACCGCACAGAAAUGGCGCUCUGUUGAGAAACUCUUUUUGCAGUAGAAAUUGAGCGACCUCGGGGCCGAGUUUGAAAAGUUAGGCCACGUUUUCAGUGGAAAAUUACUUCGCGGUCUAGAAAUUCUGCCAGAUUGCGAACAGCGCGCCCUUUCUGUCCGGUGCCCCUAUAAUAUCUGUAGUCGCAUUUUCGAGAAAAGACAAAAAAAAACCACUGAACAUUCGUUGAAAACAAGACGUCGACAUGAAUCCGAUUUUCAGAGUCUUGAAGAGCCAGAGUUAAAUUAUGAAAUUGAGGAGGCUAUGGAAGAAGUGAGCGAAUUUCAUCUCCUUAAAACAUCUUCCUUUUUUUCUAUAAUUUCAGGCAAUGUCCCAUUAUCAGAAUGACAUUGGCUAUCACGGAAAAAUGGUAUUUUCAAUCCAAAAAUUUGAAGAAAAACAAAUCCAAUUUAAGGAAGCGAAAACGGCGAGAAUGGCGAAUCAAAGAGAGUGGAGGGCGUGGUUGGGAACGGCGCCGGCGCACAAAAAAGUAGCGAUGUUACCGCGAAAAUCGGCGAUUCCACAACAAAAACCGAAAAAGUGGGCGGAGCCUAGAAAGGAAACGAGUCGGCCGGCGGGACUGAUGACUUUCGAGGAACGCGCCGAAUUAUUCCGCAAGGCCGUCGCGGAAGAAGCCGAGAAAAAGGCGCAGAAGGAGGAGAUUGCGGCCAAAAAAGUGAGGGCUUUUUUUUCAAAAUUUGAAACGGAAUACGUUGUUUAUCGACGGGUUAUUGGAAUUGUAAACCCACCAAUAACUAUUUUUUCCGUUUUAUUAACUUUGUAAAGAGAGAUUCGUGAAACCGUGAAAUUUUGCAGAAAGAAGAGCGCUGGAUCGCCCUCGGUCAAGCCAUUUGCGAAUUGUCGCUCUCCGAUUUUAUAUUGUCGGAUUCGGAGGACACAUCGGAGCCGGACGACGUGGCGACGCGCGGAGAGGAGAUUCUUUCGGCGACGACGACGUUCGGCCGAAACGUGAAAGCGUUGCUCGGCGAGCCCGUCGUCCGCGGCACCAUUUUCGCCGACGGCUGCCGUUUUGCCGCCAAUUUGAUGCAGGUCAACAUGUCGUCGGUGGCCGCCCGCCACAAAUCCAGACGCGACAAACACAUUUUGUAG